GUAGACACGCCUCUUCCGGGAGAAAAAAACGCCGCCUGGAAGAAGCGGAGUGCGAUGAAAUGGAACUGCUGUGCCGUUCUCAAGAUACACGAAAGUUCUACCAGAAGCUUAACGCAUCUCGCAAAGGCUUCGUGUCGCAAGCCGGAAUAUGUAGGGAUAAGGACGGGAGCCUGCUGACGGACAACCAUGAGGUGAUCGAAAGGUGGAAGCAGCACUUCGACGAGCACCUGAACGGCGAGAAGAAUAUGGGUACAGAUGACCAAGGCAACGGAGGAUUUGACUACGUCAGUGCAGUUGAGGACGGGAAUGAACCAACUCCCACGUUGAGGGAAGUUAAGGAUGCCAUCCAACAGCUCAAGAACAACAAAGCAGCUGGCAAAGAUGGUAUCGCAGCAGAACUCAUCAAGUCGGGCCCGAAAAAGUUGGUCACCUGUCUGCACCGGUUAGUAGUCAGGAUCUGGGAAAUAGAACAGCUACCGGAGGAGUGGAAAGAACGGGUGAUCUGACCCAUUCACAAGAAAUUGCGACCAUUUGGAGUGUGAGAACUUCCGAGCGAUCACCAUUUUGAAUGCCGCCUAGAAAGGUGCUAUCCCAGAUCAUCUUCCGUCGUCUAUCACCUAAAGUGAGUUCGUGGGAAGUUAUCAAGCCGGCUUCAUCGAUGGCCGGUCGACAACGGACACGACUGAUCAAAGCAACGAUGGACGGUGUACAAAACAGCGUAAGGAUUUCGGGUGAACUUUCCAGUCCAUUCGAAUCUCGACGGGGACUGAGACAAGGUGAUGGACUCUCGUGUCUACUAUUCAACAUCGGUCUGGAAGGUGUGAGACGACGAGCCGGGCUUAACAGCCGGGGCACGAUCUUCACGAAAUCCGGCCAAUUUGUAUGCUUCGCGGACGACAUGGACAUUAUCGCCCGAACAUUUGGAACGGUGGCAGACCUGAACACCCGCCUGAAACGCGAAGCAGCGAAGGUUGGACUGGUAGGAAAU